CGCAGCGAGCCUCAGUCGGUCCGCAACCGGCGUCCGAUGUAGUCGUGUCCGAGUAUUUAUCAAUUAUGAGCAGUGGUAGACGAAAACUCUCCUUUCUGGGCUUCGCGCCUCAGAGCCCUUCGGAGGACGAGCUGCGGCUGGAUGAUGAGAUGGACCGCGUAGUGUGGAGCGAGGGUCAGCCGCCGCGGUUCCAGGCGACGGGCGAGGCGGUGCGCGACGUGGCCGCUCCUCCGCCGUAUACGCAAGACGUGACCAGCAGUUCAGAGUUAUCUCCAUUGAGUGCCAACCAUCUUAGCGGAUCAGACGCUCACAUGUCGGGAGGACUGUCAGGGUCGGGUUCGGUGAUCGACGAGCGCCACAGGGAGGACGACCGCCACGUGCAGUUCGACGGGGAAGACGAGGACAUGGAGCCUCUGGACGACGCGAGCGAGGAGCGACGGGCACAGAGACACCACCGUCACUUACACCCGCACAAAUCGCGUAAGUUCUCGCUACAAGAGGGGGGGAGGGGGGUGCCCUUGCUGGGCUUCCCGACGGGCGAGCGGCGCGUGUCAACUGUGCCAACUGAGGAAACGCUACCAGAAGCAGACCAGGAUGACUUGCGGAGCCAUCGCAGUGACGACCCGAGGGGUAUGCGACGGCAUAAGGUGAUGCCAAGGCCUACAACAGUGCACCUCAGCAGGAGAGAUGGCGGCGACAAGGUCCACGCGUUCCUGGCAGACUCUGCGUAUAAGAAAAUGUACGACCACAGCCCGCACGCGGUGUUCGUGCAACUGGACGAGUUGUUGGCGACUGAGGAUGGGGACGCCGAGUGGAAGGAGACCGCUCGGUGGAUCAAGUACGAGGAGGACGUGGAGGAGGGCUCGGCCCGCUGGGGCAAGCCGCACGUGGCCUCGCUGUCCUUCCACUCGUUGCUCAACUUGAGACGAUGCCUGGAGACGGGAGUGGUGCUUCUGGACCUGGAGGAGAAGGAUCUGCCUGGAGUCGCUUAUAGGGUGGUGGAGAGCAUGGUCACAGAAGGGUUGAUAGAAGAAGACGACAAGCCAGUGGUUAUGCGCUCUCUGCUGCUACGUCACAAGCACGUACACGACGAAAGGUUCAGGUUCUCUAUAAGUGCCCGCAAACAUUCCUCUUACACCAGUUUACAGUCGCUGUGGCUAGACGAGGUGGCGCCGGCGGGCGGGCAUCGCAUUCGGUGCUCGCUCUGCUCCACCACGGGCUCCUGCAGGCGGCACAGCGCCCACCUCCUCGUACGGAACACCCCUAAUCUUGCCGAUCAGAAACGGCGUCAGAGCUCCGCUCAGAUACCGUCAGACAGAACAGAUGCGCGGAAGAAGUCCUCAGCCGCCGGGCUUGAUGCCCGCGAAGUGGAGUACCUCGCCACCGGUACAGUGGGCUCACAGGAAGAUGUGCGACGCACACACAAUGACUCCAUCAUGAAAAGAAUACCAGAUGGCGCUGAAGCCACAACCGUCCUCGUCGGUGCUGUGGGUUUCCUGGACCAACCCACCAUAGCCUUCGUCCGACUCGCACAAGGCAUUCAAAUGCCCUCAAUCACAGAGGUGCCAAUUCCAGUGCGCUUCAUGUUCAUCCUCCUGGGACCCACAACAGCAGAUCUCGAUUACCAUGAAGUGGGUCGCUCCAUUUCCACGCUCAUGUCGAACCCAUCGUUCCACUCGAUCGCGUACAAGGCUGACGAUCGUCGAGAACUGCUUUCAGCCAUUAACGAAUUCUUGGACGACUCAAUAGUGCUACCUCCAGGAGAUUGGGAAAGACAAGCGUUACUGCCCUUUGAGGAAUUGCGCGCCAAAAGCGAGAUGAUUCGUCGCCGCAAACGCGAUGCCCUGGAGCGAAAACGUGCAGCGACUAAAGAUGCGACACCCAUUAUGGAUGAGAAGAAAGCGCUGUUGGUCGCUGAAAGCGGUGGCCCACCGGAUAAAGAACCAGACGAUCCACUUUCAAAAACUGGCCGUCUAUUUGGAGGUGUAAUCAGAGACAUGAAGAGACGAUAUCCUCACUAUCUAUCGGAUUUCCGGGACGCUCUGAACGGACAAUGUGCUGCGGCGACAAUUUUCAUGUAUUUCGCUGCUUUAUCAUCGGCCAUCACUUUUGGAGGAUUACUCGCUGAAAAGACUUACAGGACAAUUGGAAUUUCCGAAACAUUGGUAUUCACGAGUGUCGGUGGCGUAUUCUUCGCCCUUGUAGCUGGACAGCCAAUGAUGAUAACUGGCGCUACUGGACCCUUACUGCUUCUUGACGAAUCUCUCGCUAGCUUCUGUCAUUCAUACGGGUUUGACUUCCUGGCCGCAAGGAUGUAUUGUGGACUGUGGAUGAUCGUGAUCGCUCUGCUUGUUGCGUCGUUGGAAGGCAGCGUGGCGGUUAAGAAGAUUAGCCGGUUCACGGAGGAUAUAUUCGCGUUCCUCAUUUCGCUGAUUUUCAUCUCGGAGCCGAUCACGAAUCUGAUCAACUUGUACCGGAUGCAUCCGCUCGGCUACGACUAUUGCCAUAAGCACGAAAAUAUCACCACUGGACUGCCGAUUUUGAAUGGAACUGGUACAGGCAACAUGACGAGCAACGUCACUACCGUACCACCAAUACCAGGCGUUAUGCCACCACAACCAAACACAGCGUUGUUCUGCACCAUGCUAACGUUAAGCACCUUCAUCAUCGCGUACUACCUCCGUAUCUUCCGUAACGGGAAGUUCUUGGGACGCAGCGCUCGCCGUGCCCUCGGCGACUUCGGUGUACCCAUCGCCAUCGUAUUCAUGGUGGGAGUAUCCGCCUUCGUGCCAGUUUGGACUGAGAAGCUCAAGGUCCCUGAUGGUCUGAGCCCAACAGCAGAUCGCUCUUGGCUGGUUCCCCUCAACCCUGGCUUAGAGACCAUCCCCGUGUGGGCAGCAUUCGCCAUGGCUUUACCAGCGCUCAUGGUCUACAUCAUUGUCUUCAUGGAGACACAUAUUGCUGAGCUGAUCAUCGACAAGCCAGAACGUCGUCUGAAAAAGGGCAGUGGGUUCCACAUGGACAUAGUGGUGAUGUCGCUAGUGAACGCUGUGUGCGGAAUGUUCGGCGCUCCCUGGCAGUGUGUGGCCACUGUGCGGUCUGUGAGUCACGUGUCUGCGCUCACUGUGAUGUCCACUACACACGCGCCGGGUGAUAAACCCCAUAUUGUGGAGGUUAAGGAACAACGUCUAACCGGUCUCCUCGUGGCCAUACUCGUGGGUGUAUCCGUGUUGGCCUCUAGCUGGCUCCGUAUGGUCCCAAUGGCGGUUCUCUUCGGCGUGUUCCUGUAUAUGGGUAUAUCAGCUCUGGGAGGAAUACAGUUCUGGGAUAGGUGCAUCUUGCUGCUGAAGCCGGUGAAACACCAUCCGCAAAUACCGUAUGUUCGACGGGUACCAACUCUAAAGAUGCACCUGUACACCGUGAUCCAAAUCGCCGGCAUUUGUAUUCUGUACGCUGUGAAGUCGUCUCGUUUCUCGCUGGCCUUGCCCUUCUUCUUGGUGAUGAUGGUGCCCUUGAGGAUGUCCAUGGUUUAUGUGUUUACACCGCUGCAACUGCGUGCGUUGGACGGAGCACAGAAGGACAUUGAGCAGGAUGACGAGCCCGAUUUCUACGAAGAGGCUCCAUUGCCAUAGUGGACGGCUCUCUGCAGUGAUUCCAGUGCAUCCAGUCCAGUCACCAAGUCCGAGACGAUAUAAGCAGGUGGAAGAGCCUGGAACACUUGGAAUUCUUGGAUUGCUGGAACUUCUGGAGUGCUGGAAUUUCUAGAGCAUUCGGAAAUUCUGGAGUACUGGAAUUUCCUGAGCACUGGAAUUUCUGGAACGCUGGAAAUUCUGGAACACUGGAAUUUCUAGAGCACUGGAAUUUCUAAAGCACUGGAAUACAUUUCACUGCUAGAACCCAAUAAACAUUUACUGUGAAGUCUUUGUGCCAUCUUAAUGGAGUAGAAUAUAUUCACGUAGAUAAAGUAGUGCUUUGAUUGCCGAUUCGCAAUUUUCUGGAUUUGUCAUUUUUGUGAAAGCUUCAAGCUAAUUAAGAUAUAUCCUAUUAAUUACCUAUUUAUUAUUGUAGUUGAUAAUAAUUAGUACCGAAAUGAUAUCUAAUUCUGGAAAGCCUAGUUUUGCUCAAACUCGAUAAUAUGAUUAUAUUUUUACCCAACUGAUCGAAGGAGGGUAAUGUUUAUUUGUACUUGUUAAUGUACUUAGCUUUUUAAUAUUUAAGUGUUUAAUGUAAGAGAUUUUGGUGUCGGAAUGUUGUAAUCUUAAUUCUAUAUUCAUGAUUCUAGGAUUAAUUCUAAAUAUUCAAAUAUGUUUGGAAAUGUAGUGGAAAAUUAUAAGUAAUUAAUAUUUAUAAUUACUAGACGGUGUAAUGGUAAAAUGUUUUUUCUUUUACACAAUUUAUGUAAUGUUGCAAAAUUAUUUAAUUUAAAUAUGUACUUAUUUAAAAAAAAUAUAUAUUUUUAGCUCUAAAAAUAAGAGCCAAAGUGUAGGUGCCAAAGAUAUUUUUAUUUUAUAGAUUAUAAAUUAUUCAACGGUGUUAUUUGCAACAUUAAUUUGGGAAACAGGUAAAUGGACAUUAUAAAUGAAAAAGCAGUAUUAAAGUGAUAGUAUUAUUUAUGUAAGUUCACAAUUCUAUCGUGUCUAGUAUUUUAUCAGAAUCAAAUUAAAUACUGUUUUAAUAUAAAAUAAUUCACUGGUAAUUUUAAUAUUUAUAAUAUACAUUUAAGAUAAAAUGGUGUAUAUGCCAAGGAUUUCAUAAAGAUUUUAUUAUAACAAAUACUUCACUGCUUAAUUAGUAAUUACCAUGUCCAAAUGAUAAAUAAUUUACUUUUUAAUGGAGGGCCCUAGAUUUAAAACCUCCUAUAAGUUGUUUGAGAAACAUGCCAUUUUUAAAGUAAUGCAGCUUUUUAAUGUUAUAAAGUAGAGAGUACUUAAUUAAAUUAAUUCACAUUGUCAUUAAUUAAGGACUUCGUACCUCGAGUGUAAAUGUUGUUAUGAUAUGGAAUACAUUCCCAAUUUGUUAAUUGUUUCUUCAUCUAAUUCAUAAAUAGUGUAGGUCAGAUUUUAUAUAUUUAUGCUAUACUAAUAGCCAGUUACACAAUUUCUUGUCAUAUUCUAUCUGUGUAUGAACUAUCUUUAUCAGCAAGUAUGUGAAAUUGGCUCUAACUUUUGUAAUAUAAUAGUCAUAAAUUAUUAUCAUAAAUAUCAUAUAAAUUGUGGGAAGAAUAAAAAUGUAUUGCUUAUCCCUUGUAGAAGAAUAUUAUUGAUAUACUAAUUGGUAUUACAAAUACUAUAAUGUAGUGCUAUUUUCUAAUAAAUAAGUAUAUGUCUUCUAGUUUUUUAAUGUUUUGUUUACUUACUUAUUAAAUUAUGUAUAUUUUUUAAGAUGCGGGGCCAAGAAGCGAUGAUAAUAUCAAAUGUGAGUUGUGAUUUAUAGUGAUAUAUGUGUGAGAUAAGUUUAAUAUUCAUGUUUUAACAUACAUAUCUGUGUGAAUUAAAUCACUCAUUUUUUUUUUUUUUUUUUGAAAAAUGAUAACGAAAUUAUUUUAGUUCUUAAAUUGAAAAUUAUAAAUACAGAAUAUUUUAAGAAAUCUAAAACACAGUUAAUAACACAUUCUAAAAAAUAAAGGUAAGUACUUUUUAAUAAUAAAUCAGUAUUCACAAAAUAUACCUACAUAAACCAAGCAUAAAAUGCUCACUACGGAACACAUAUAAUAGAGAAGUGAUGAUUAGAAGGGAUUGUUUUACGUAAUUUUAGGACAGUUGGUAAUUUUAUUUGUUGUAGGUAUUAUUUGUUGAAUUUUAAAUGAUUUUAACAUUAGUACAAAGCUAAUUCGUUGAAUAUUUACUAUACCCACAUUGUUUUGUCUUGAAAUUAAUUUAAGUUGGUUGUUUUUGACAGAAAAGAGUUAUUAUUUGUUAAUUUUACGGAAUUUUAGUGAUUAAGUACCUACAUUGUUUUUAUGAUGACACAAAUUUAAUUGUAAUAGAUAAGAGACACAAAUGUAUAUUGUAGAAUCUGUUUUCAUUGACAUUGUAGGUAAUCUGUGUAUUUCGUGAAUGUGACUCCGAUUUAUGAUGUAAAUGUAAAUGGCUACUUUAAAUUGCACACGAAUCUUUUUAGACAACAAUUAACGUCUUUUUACCUGCUCAGAUAAUACUUUUUAACCGCAAACUUACUAUACUUGCGGUUUGAACGUGCUCAUUUAUAUAUUAAAACUAUUAUAUUAAUUAUUAAUAUAGAGGGAUAUUAACCCAUUUAAUAUUAGAGAUUGUUCAAUUUACAAAGCUGCAUCAAGUUUAAAACUUAAGACUGUAGUCUAAAGUUUUUAAAACUUUAAUCUUUACCGCGAAAUCACGUAAACACUUUAUAAACUUAUAUACACAAUUAUUGACCACAUUUGACUUUGACACUUGACAGUAUUUUGGACAGGUCAUAAGAGUUGCCAUUUACAUUUUCAGUUCAUUUAAUAUAAAAAAUAUUCUUAUUAUGUCUUAAAUCUGCUAAUAAAUUGGUGUCAAAUAA